GAAAAUGGGACACUCCAGUUUUCGCCUGGCCAUGUGGAACACCUCGCUGGUGGUUGCACUGAUCUGCGCCGCCUGUUACCAAGUGGAUGGACUGCCCCAUCCGCCGGCCACCUCAUCGGCACCCAUGGUGGAAAAGGCUUACGACGACAAGUUCGACAAUGUGGAUCUGGACGAGAUCCUCAACCAAGAGCGGCUGCUAAUCAACUACAUCAAGUGCCUGGAGGGUACGGGUCCUUGCACUCCCGAUGCCAAGAUGCUGAAGGAAAUCCUUCCCGACGCAAUCCAAACCGAUUGCACCAAAUGCACGGAGAAGCAGAGAUAUGGAGCUGAAAAGGUUACCCGUCAUCUCAUCGACAACCGACCCUCAGAUUGGGAGCGCCUGGAGAAGAUCUACGAUCCCGAGGGAGUCUACCGCAUCAAAUACGAGGAGUUGAAGGCCAAACUACUCAAUGAGCAGCGUUGAUUAACCUCUGAUGUAGGUUUUUACUCUAGUGUUUAUUUUACAUCAAUUACCAAAUAAACUGCAAAGAAGCUUCA